AUAGCAGCCUCCCGUGUAGUUUAAUCAACGAUAACACGUGAAACGAAGGAGCGGCUGUUCUCCAGGGUUUGUUUCAUUUCCGUGCAGACAGGAGGUCCUGACGUGGACGGCUCUUCCUUCUGCUUCUCUGCAGACAUGGCCUGGCUCCGUCAGAGCAGAGCUUCUCCCAGACUGGUCCUGGUGGUGGUGUGUGUGGCUCUGCUGCUCGACAACAUGCUGCUCACCGUGGUCGUGCCGAUCAUCCCAACAUUCCUCUACGCCAUGGAGCAUCCCAGUCCAGAACCACAGACCUCAGAGCGCCCCUCCCCCACGCCACCGUCUGCACAGACAGUACCGAGGCUGUCCUCCUCCACCUUUUCUCCUCUGGUAUCUUUGUUUGAUAACUCCACCUUCAGCCUGCAGCAGGUCCAGCCCGAAGCGCCCAGAAACCCAAAUCCUACCCCGCCACAGCUCAUCAACGAGACCGCCAACGCCUCGGAGUCCUCCUGUCUCCAGGACAGCGUCUUUCUGGAGGAGGAAAACGUUCAUGUGGGUUUGCUGUUCGCCUCCAAAGCUCUCAUCCAGCUGCUUGUCAACCCGUUUGUGGGUCCGCUCACCAACAGGGUCGGCUAUCACAUCCCCAUGUUUGCAGGCUUCAUCAUCAUGUUUGUGUCCACCAUCAUGUUUGCCUUCUCAGGGACCUACGCUCUGCUGUUCUUCGCUCGAUCUCUGCAGGGAAUCGGCUCGUCCUUCUCAUCGGUGGCAGGACUGGGCAUGCUCGCCAGCGUCUACACCAACGAUGAGGAGAGGGGCAUCGCCAUGGGGAUCGCUUUGGGAGGCCUGGCCAUGGGGGUUCUGAUUGGAGCGCCGUUCGGGAGCGUGAUGUACGACUUUGUGGGAAAGAGAGCCCCCUUCCUGAUCCUGGCCCUUCUGGCUGUGUUUGAUGGAGCCCUGCAGUUGUGUAUCCUGCAGCCGUCAAAAAUCUGUCCUGGGAGCGUGGAGGGGACGCCGUUACUCACUCUUUUAAAAGACCCAUACAUCCUGAUCAGUGCAGGCUCGCUCUGUUUCGCCAACAUGGGCGUGGCGAUUCUGGAGCCAACUCUUCCCAUCUGGAUGAUGCAGACUAUGUGCUCUCCAAAAUGGCAACUUGGUGUGGCAUUCCUCCCUGCCAGCAUCUCUUACCUGAUAGGAACCAACCUGUUUGGAGUUCUGGCCAAUAAGAUGGGGCGGUGGCUUUGCUCCAUGUUGGGGAUGGUCAUCGUUGGCAUCAGUCUGCUGUGUGUUCCUUUUGCCACCAGCAUCUAUGGUCUUAUUGGUCCAAAUGGAGGUCUGGGCUUUGCUAUAGGCAUGGUGGACUCCUCUAUGAUGGCCAUCAUGGGUUACCUGGUUGACAUCCGUCACGCCUCUGUCUAUGGGACUGUGUACGCCAUCGCUGAUGUGGCGCUCUGCAUGGGCUUUGCUAUCGGACCAUCCACAGGGGGCGCUCUGGUCCAGGCGGUGGGAUUUCCAUGUCUCAUGGUGUUUAUCGGAGUAAUCAACAUUCUGUACGCUCCGCUGUGCCUCCUGCUGCGUAAUCCUGCUGUCCGAGAAGAGAAACUGGCUAUCAUUGAUCAAGAGUGUGUGAUGCACAGGAAAAGCUACAACACACACAAAGAGAGUCGUGAGUUUCCUCUGAGCGACUACAGCGAGGAGGAGGAGGAGGACACGGAGGAGUGAAAUCUUCACAAACAGGAUUGAUGUAAACCGUUUUGCUUUAAGUGUCUCCAUUAUAUAGCCGUGGGAGGUUCCACCCUGCAGGUUUAAACGGUAACUAAUGUGAAUGCAUAAAUGUUAACUCACUUAACAAUCAACGAGGGGACUGCUUGAUGGCCUUUUCAGCCACGCCCCUUUUGUAACUCCAGCUACAUGCCUUCUGUUUGCUGCCACGAAGCCUCUGAAUUGGUCUUCACUUUAAAUUUGGAUUUAAUCCUUUGGCAACAUAAACAUUUUUGUUUCACUUGAUUUGAUGUUCAAUUAAAAAAAAUUCAAAAGGAGAAACUGCUGCAAAAGAGUCCAGUUCUGUUUAAUCAUCUGUUCUAUUAAGUAAAUGUACACUUUCUUGAAGCGACCCAUUAACGACCUGUUUAUCAUCAACAUUCAUGUCUGUGUAACCAACCACAAAAAAGCAUUUUAGCUGACUGACAGACUUUCCUUUAGGAAAUCUGACUUUGAUUGUUGGAGUUUUAAACAAGAUUUUUGUGUGUUUUUUGUUGACUUUUUAGUCUUGAUCCAAAGUGUUAGGAUGUCAGCCUGUACUAGUUACUGUGUCGCCAUUAAAGCCUUUUGUCAGCUGGA